UUUUGUCUUGCGGUGGUUGGCUAUUUAGAGCGCAGCGCCCAAGCAGGCAGCUCACUCCAGCUGGGACUGAGCCGAGUGCCACUACCGCCGCACCCAACCCCCACCCCAGCACCGGCCCCCUGCGCGGCCUCCGCCGUUUCUUUGCCGACCCUGCCCGAGGAGCAGCCGGAGCCCCGAGGCAGGCGAAAGAGCCGCUUCCCCCCGCAGCGCAGGCAGAGCCCCGCCAUGUCCACGGAGAGCGCCCCCGAGUACGCCUCCUUCUUCGCCGUCAUGGGCGCCUCAGCUGCUAUGGUCUUCAGCGCCUUGGGAGCUGCUUAUGGGACAGCAAAGAGUGGCACGGGUAUUGCAGCCAUGUCUGUCAUGAGGCCUGAGCUGAUCAUGAAAUCAAUCAUCCCUGUUGUCAUGGCAGGUAUCAUAGCCAUCUAUGGCCUGGUAGUGGCAGUCCUUAUUGCCAAUGCUCUUUCAUCUACCAUCACACUAUACAAGAGCUUCCUUCAGCUGGGUGCUGGCUUGAGUGUGGGCCUCAGUGGUCUGGCUGCAGGCUUUGCCAUUGGCAUUGUGGGUGAUGCAGGUGUACGGGGGACAGCACAGCAGCCCAGGUUGUUUGUGGGCAUGAUCCUGAUCUUGAUCUUCGCUGAAGUCUUGGGUCUCUAUGGCCUCAUUGUUGCCCUUAUCCUUUCCACAAAGUAAACACCGUAGUAUGAUGUAAAGAGAUGCAACAGAAACAAAACCACACUUAAAAAAAAAAAAAUGACAAGCUCCAGAAUGAAAAUGGUCUCUCCAAUGUGUACAGUUGUCUCAAUUUGGUAGUUGAUCUCUUGUAAAUGCGCAAUGUAUGUUAGUGACUCGUCUGUCCUGUGUGUACUUCAAUAUUAAAUUGGAUGGGCUUCCCCAAGCCUGCUGCCUGGCUUGGGGUUGCCUACAUGCAAUUUUCCACCCAUUUUGCCGUUAGAGUACUUUAUGUAUAAAUAUGAACUAGACUUGUAAUUUUUCUCUUCACUGGAUGUUUAUUUAUAAGACUUGACAUGUUCAUACAUUUAUGGAGCAAGAAUUUUCAAUUUCCCAUGCUAUAUAUAUUAAUCUUAUAUAUAGGUAGAUUAUUACACUGUGGGGUCAAUUGUAAGUGCAGAGAAUUCCUUGGAUGUAAUUUGAAUCUAAAGAUUGCUGUAGUGUCCUGAUAUUGGAGUGUGAGAAUUCUGUUUGUGUUUUACAGCAAAUGUCAGAAACACUCCUGUGUUUCCAGUAGUAAUAAUGUAUGCUCCGGCAUCAAAGUCGUGCACCCAGUGCUGGGUAUUGCAGUUAUACAAUGUUUCCAAAUAAAACUUCCUCCACUAAAUGAC